UUUCUCUUCCCAACCUCGCUGUUCUUAAUUCAAUCUAGGGAAGGAAAGGACUGGCAGAGGGUAAGAACUGCCUUUCAAAAGAAAUUGAUGAAACCCAGGGAAGUCGCGAAGCUGGAUACCACAAUCAACGAGGUCCUGGAAGACUUCAUGCACAGAAUAGAUGAGGUUUGUAACCACGAUGGACAAAUGGAAGAUGUCUAUUCAGAAUUCAACAAAUGGUCAUUUGAAAGUAUCUGUCUGGUGCUGUAUGGAAAGAGGUUUGGUCUCCUACAGCAGGAUGUAGAAGAAGAAAGUUUGAAAUUCAUCAAGGCUGUAAAAACGAUGAUGGCUACUUUUGGAAUGAUGAUGGUGACCCCUGUAGAACUUCACAAGGGUCUGAACACAAAAGUCUGGCAGGCUCACACGAAAGCAUGGGAUGAUAUAUUUAAAACAGCCAAGCACUCCAUUGACUGUCGACUGGAAAAACACUCUGCAAACCCUCAGGAGGAUUUCCUGUGUGACAUCUAUUCUGGAGGACAACUUUCCAAGAAGGAACUGUACGCUGCCAUCGCAGAGCUCCAGAUUGCUGGAGUUGAAACGACAGCUAAUAGUUUACUGUGGGCUUUGUAUAACAUUUCACGCAAUCCACACGUUCAGCAGAAGCUUUUCCAGGAAAUACAGAGUGUUUUGGCUGCUGAUGAGGGUCCAAGUGCUGAGAACCUGAAAAACAUGCCUUACCUAAAAGCAUGUCUGAAGGAAUCCAUGAGACUAACACCAUCGGUGCCAUUUACCACUCGCACCAUCGACACAGAAAUGGUUCUGGGAGAUUAUCAGCUGCCCAAAGGAACCAUACUAAUGAUAAAUAGCCAUGCCUUGGGUUGCAAUGAAGAGUACUUUAAUAGCUGGACUCAGUUUAAACCAGAGCGCUGGUUUCAGAAAAACUUAAUAAAUCCAUUUUCUCAUGUUCCAUUUGGCAUUGGGAAGAGGAUGUGCAUUGGACGCCGCGUUGCAGAGCUACAGCUUCACUUGGCUCUUUGCUGGCUCAUUCGCAAAUACGAAAUUGUAGCAACUGAUGACAAACCAGUAGAAACACUCCAUUCAGGAAUACUGAUUCCCAGCCGGGAGCUUCCCAUUGCAUUUCACAGACGAUAA